UAACGCGUCCUUCUCUCCAUUGCAUCAUGGCAUCAUCCCAGGUUGCCUCCCCCAUUCUUCCCACCUUUUCUGGUCCAGUAUCUCGCUCUAGAAGUAGCACAAAGCUCGCCAACGCCGACGUCACCAGCCUUACCACUUUCAAUCCCUUUUCAGAAGAAGACGAGAAUGAUCAAUCGUCUUAUACUUUGGUUACUUCUCUCUUUUCAAAGGUGAAGAACUCCUUCUCUACGCCUCUCUCCGCUGUCACAACAACACCGGCGCAUACUGGCAAUAUCAAUGGGGCUACUGUCAAUGCCGAGCCCAGACGUCCGUCCUACACCCUGAACACUCAAUCUAGUUAUUCCUCGCGAGGCUCGACGAACGAACGACUCAACCCUAUAGCCCCGAACCAGUCUAUUCCUGCUCCACCGCUGGUAUCUCUCACACCAGCUCAGUCCGAACACCCUGUCUACAAUACAGAGUAUGACAGAUCACCUUCACGGGGAAUGUUCUACUCUCUUUACGACUCUACCGAUGGUGGUACUUUUGGAACUACUAUCCCGGGAUUUCCAAUACAGGAUGACGCACGGAGCGUCAAGACCUCGGCUAGCUUGCACAGGUCGGGUUCGGUGUCAAAGGUUAUACGGCGGAUACGGGGCGAAGGUCUAUCCCGGGAUUAUUGGAUGGAUGACGAGAAUUGUAAAGAGUGUUAUGACUGCAAGAGCAUAUUUACGACCUGGCGGAGAAAACACCAUUGUCGUAUAUGCGGGCAAAUAUUCUGUUCUCGUUGCGCCUCCAACAUUAUCAAAGGCUCCCGAUUUGGACACGAUGGAAUGGUCCGUGUGUGCAAUUUGUGUUUAGAGAAACUCGCCAAGGUCGACGACGAUGACGACGAUGACAGGCGUUCCGUAGUGUCGUCUGUAAUGUCAUUUCCGGCCCAUCAAGUGGGAGAGACCAUGACCCUAGCCCAUCAUCCUCAGUCGCCCUUUGCUGCAUCGCAAUUAUUUGGGCGUACCGAUGAACCUUUCAAUCUUUACUCAAUAGCCGAGACCAAAAGACGCAUCUCAGGCUCCGACGAGAGUGGUUUUGUCUCCCGACCAAUUACACCACAACUUCGAGAGCGCGAUGAUGGCAUGUGGGAGUCUCCUGAGGAGCCUUCUGCGCCAUUCCGUAGAGGAGUGUCUGACGAGGAAAAGGAGCGUGAUGUCUUUGAGUCUACUGGGUUUCCCGCGUCGCAGACGCCAAUCGCGUUUCCUACCAUGCGUGAUGUGGACCCACUGACCAGCUCGAUUCAAUUUCCAAUGGGGUCUCCAGAACAUUGUGGUCAGGAUAGUCCAUUGC